AUGGAUUUUGCAGCAGUGAAAACACGCCAGAGUUCGGAUGUGAUCUGUUUGAUGUCAGAAGAUGACGAGGACGUGGUUUACAUGUCGACGGAUCAGAAACCCGAUCUGAAGCAGGAGGCUCAGGUGAAGGAGCAGAUCCAGCGCCUGGACAAGCAGAUUCCCGCAAACGAUUUGGUGAACUUCAUCAGAACUUACUUCCAGGAUGAAGUUUACUCAGCGGAGCCGGAGGACAUCAUGGCGGCCGUCACCGACCGGCCGUACUGUGUCUACCUGUACGUAGGUGUGGAGCUGGGCGCGGGACGCAGCGCCAGCGUCCUGCUGAUUGGAUACUUUGAUGAGCAUUUAUGCCAAAGCGUGGUGAAGCUGCUUCACACUCUGCAGAUGAGCACCGACAGCGCCGACCCUCGCCAGCCAAUGGACACGGAUGCCAUGGCGCGCGUCGCCGACUCGGACGCCUGGCUGCUGGUGGAGGCUCUGAGGAAGUACGAGCUGGCGCUGUCCAACCUGGCGGCGUUCUACUGCAGCACGCCGCAGCCGGGCCUGAGCCGGGUGUUUGUGUCGCGGCUGCAGGCGUUCAGCCCCAAGCUGGUGUCGCUCUGCAGCAUCCCGGGGAUCGCGGAGCGCACCUGCCAGGCCGGACUCACCGCUGCCUUUAGCCACACCGUCGACCUCAUCACAGACGUCCACCGCCACUACUCCAUCUGCCCGUCCAUCAACGACAGCCUGAAGGAGGUGUUCGCCGACACCGGGCCGCACGUCCCACAGUAUCUGUUCCUCGCCCACAGUGUGCAGAAGAUGGCCGCCCGGUGGCAGGACCUGCGGGAGUAUUUUAAAUCGCUGAAUGAGGCGGAGGCGUCUAUCCGGAGCCGUCUGCUGGACGAUGCGGUCCGGCUGCAGUUCUUGUUCCUGUCCCACGCCUUGGAGCCCCUCAGGGCGCUGAGCGAGCUGCAACGGGCCGGGAUCGCGGAUCUGAGCGUGGAGCUGCAGCUCACCUCCAUCCUGAUGCAGUCCUACACCACCAGCAUCUGCCGACCGCACGCCGUCGACCGCUUCCUCCUAGGGCGGGAGCUGGACCUGCUUCACGGCGACGAGCUGCUCCCCGUGGCCGAGGUGAACGUCGGGCCGCGCGCGUCGGACUUCAUGUGGGCCUUCGGGCCGAGUCUGGGGGAGCAGAACCUGGCCCGGUUCCUAAAGGACGCCCAGGCGUUCUACAGAGCCGCUCUUCAGAGUCUGGUGGAGUGCAUUCCUGGCCCGCUUGGAGACGUGACACUCAGGAACAUCGGGCUGAUGCUGAAACAUCCAGAAAGUAUCACAGAGAAACAUUUUCCCUGGGAGGUGUUGUCAGUGAUGGCCGUCCAGCUGGGGCUCUGCGCCGCCGGGCCUCCAGAGGUGGAGCUGGAACGCAGUUGCUGCGAUUUCAGGAAGCUCAUCCAGGAACAGAGCAGCAGUGAUGAAUGUAGCAGCUGGGUGAAGAUCUUGAACAAAAUUAAACCGUGGCCCACUCUGCACAAGCUGUUUCUGACCCUCCUGGCGCUGCCCAGCUCUCUGCACCAGACACAGGUGUUUGCUAAGGCCUACAAGUACCUGAAAAUCCCUCCCUACACUGAGAAAACUCCCGUGGCCUCACCGUACCUGGAGGUUUGGGGACGACGAUCUCCAGUCGGUAGGAAGAAACUGGCUGCUUUGGAGGCUAUUAGCUACCAGAAAGUCACAGUGAAACAUGAUGAGAGUUCAUCAGAGGACGAUAAGAGUCCUGCAGCGAAGCCUCUAAUAUUUCAGAAGAUGAAACAUAACAGGAGUGUGGAUGAGAUGGACUACACAGACAAUUCCUCAGAUGUGAUUGACAUCACAGAAGAGCCCGUGAAGUCUCCGGCCAGCCAGCAGACAAAGACGAGUAAGAUGAUAAACGUGAAUCUUUUCUACAUCUUUCUGCUUCGCUGCAAGUCCUGCUCAUUUAGUGCCGCUUUGCAGGGGGAGCUGGUUUGGGGUCAGAUCGAGGGUUUCUCCCCGUGGCCUGGCAUCAUCGUCCCCUUCAAAGGCCAGGUCCAUCUUCCUCAGAAGAGGAUGGUGGAGUGGUACGGCCAGAGAAUGUGCUCUCAGGUCAGUGUCAAGUCUUUGAAGCCGUUUGCUGCAUUCAGCCAGUAUUUCUGCGCCAACUCCUUUGCAACCCUGGUCACCUACCGAGAGGCCGUCCUCUUGUCGCUGCAGGAGGCAGCAAUGCGCUGUGGGAAGAAGUUUUCUCCUUUGCUCCAAGACAGUGAAGAGGUUCUGAAGCAGGUUCUGGACUGGGCGUUCGGAGGCUUUCAGCCGACCGGUCCGGAUGGACUCAAACCCAAACAAGGUGUUGUUAAAACAUACACCAGGCCAAAGGUGAAGAAGAAACUUUUUGAAAAGUCCAACCCAGCUCCUGCCUCCUCCACUCCGACGGAGAACAAAGAUGGCGUCGAGAUGAAACACGUAGCCGUCUUACUCAACAGACUGUCGUGCGCUCCCAUAGAUCCGCCCUCCAGCUCCAAAACCAACGGUACCAAUCUGGAAACCGGACUGGGUUCUGCUGGAAAAAGGUCCAAACCUCCGACUCCCUACAGCGGGAAGCAGGGAAAGGAAAGAUCCCAGAUGGAGAAGGACAAGUGGGACGCAGAGUGGGACCAGGUGAAAAGCAAAUGGCAGAAACAGAAAGUCCGGGGACGGAGCCUGAAGAAGAGCUACAGCUGGCUGUCUGGAGAGGAUAACGACAUGUCGCCCGACUUUGUGCCACAGAGGAAGAAGAGCUACACCAAAACGUACAAUAAGGUCAACGUGACGAGCGGCGUGUACACGCAGCCGGACCAGAAAGUCAGAGAGAAGACCAUCAAUCAGAUCCUGGACUUAAACCUCGACAUCGAAGAUUUUUGUGUGUGCUGCGGAACCAAAGAAAUCCAGAUUUCCCACCCGCUCUUCAAAGGAAGUCUCUGUUUGAAGUGCAAAGAUAACUUCACGGAGACGCUGUACCGCUACGACGAAGACGGAUACCAGUCCUACUGCACCAUCUGCUGCUACGGCAUGGAGGUCAUUCUCUGCGGACAAGACGGCUGCCACAGGUCUUUCUGUGAGGACUGUCUGAACAUCCUGGUUGGUCCAAAGACGUUUGACUCUCUGAAGGUCGUGGACCCGUGGAUCUGUUACCUGUGCCAGCCCCACCAGCCGCACGGCGCGCUGGUGCCCAGGGAGGACUGGAGGUUUCGCGUCCAGGAGAUGUUUGCCAACAACAGCGCCAUGGAGUUUGAGCCUCAUCGGGUCUACCCGUCUGUCCCCACCAAGAUGCGCCGACCGCUGCGGGUUCUGUCGCUGUUCGACGGGAUCGGAACAGGCUAUUUGGUGCUGAAGGAUCUCGGCUUCAAGGUGGAGAAAUACGUCGCCUCCGAGGUCUGCGAAGAUUCGGUUGCCGUGGCAACCAUCAACCACGACGGAAAGAUCAUCCAUGUUGGAGACGUCCGAUUCGUCUCCCAGGAGCUGCUGGAGAAGUGGGGGCCGUUCGAUUUGCUGAUCGGUGGCAGCCCCUGCAACGAUCUGUCCAUCGUAAACCCGCUCAGGAAAGGCCUCUAUGAAGGCACCGGCAGACUGUUUUUCGAGUUUUACCGCAUCCUGCAGCUGCUGAAGCCCAAAGAGGACGACGAGCGGCCGUUCUUCUGGCUUUUCGAGAACGUCGUUUUCAUGAAUACGCACGACAAAGUCAACAUCUGCCGCUUCCUGGAGUGCAACCCUGUGCUGGUGGACGCGGUCAAGGUGAGCCCUGCGCACCGAGCUCGAUACUUCUGGGGAAACAUUCCUGGGAUGAGCAGGCCCAUCAUCGCCUCCCAGAACGACAAGUUGAACCUGCAGGACUGUUUGGAGCUCGGCAGAGAAGCCAGGGUAACCAAAGUGAGAACGAUCACCACAAAUCCAAACUCCCUGAAACAGGGGAAGGACGUGUCUUUGCUGCCGGUCGUGCAGAACGGGAGAGAGGACAUCCUCUGGAUCACCGAACUGGAAAAGAUCUUUGGUUUCCCCAAACAUUACACCGACGCGAGGAACAUGAACCGGCAGCAGCGGCAGAAGCUGCUGGGCAAGGCGUGGAGCGUGCCGGUCAUCCGUCACCUCUUCGCCCCGCUGAAGGAGUACUUCGCCUGCGAUGAGCUUCCUCCCAUCGCCGCCUCCUGCGUCUCCGCCGCCAGCACCGCGCCGUCCUCGCCCAACUCCCCAGACCUGCAGCAGCUCCGAUAGAUCCGGAGCUACGUCACGGUUCUGUUUCCCGUAUGGGAACGCUGAACUAUGUAGUGAACGUUGGGUGAAUGUAAAUCACUAUUUAACAGUUUAUUAUCUUUACAAUAAGUCUGUUGGCU